GCUCGGGGCCGCGCUCAGCACUGAGAUGCACUAAAGCUGGAAUUGCCAUGUUAUGAAACCACAGCCUGAAUGUCUUCCACAGUGGAGAUCAGACUUGCUACGUGCUUUGAAAAUGUCUGAAAAUUCCAGUGACAGUGACUCAUCUUGUGGCUGGACUGUCAUCAAUCAUGAGGGUUCUGACAUAGAGACAGUGACUUCAGAAAAUGGAAGCACAAAUGAUAACCAUGAGUUUGUUUCGGAAGAGUAUGUUUCUUUGCAAGAAGAGGAGCAACCAGUUGAUUUGGAAGCUCAGUGCAACAAUGAUGGAGAGAUACCAGUGGUAGAUAAUACUCUCUCUGCUUUUGAGGAAACUCAGACAGUUCCAGAGGGAAAGAAAGCAAAAAACCCUGAUGAUGGGUCCUGCAUUGGAACUAUUAGCGAUGAUUCUGACAUUGUUACACUUGAAGCUCCAAAACCAGAAGAAACUCAAAGUCAGGAGGAAGCUCCAGCUGAUGGUGAAGAAGCUCGAAGUUCAGAGGAUUUUAACAUGGGUUCCUCCUCUAGCAGUCAAUAUGCGUUUUCCCAUAUAGAAACUGUUUUUUCGUCUCAGGCUAGCAAUGAUGAAUCAAGUAGUGAUGAAACUAGCAAUCAGUCCAGUCCCACAGUACGAAAACGUCGGGCUAAGAAGAGGCUGAUCUCUAGCUCCGAGGCUGAGGGUGGGUCACCUGCUGAACCGGAGUCUGAACCUCCCAGAGAAGAGCAGCACAAACGCCAGUUCAGUAGUGGCCUUAACAGAUGCAUCGUACUAGCUUUGGUGAUUGCAAUCAGCAUGGGCUUUGGACAUUUCUAUGCUAAACAGUUACUAGUAAGUACUGGGCAGAAACUGCAAGGUACAAUACAGAUCCAGAAACGUCAGCAGUUGGUGACAAAGACACGUGAAUUAAAAGAUAUGAAAGAUGAUCUUUACCAGUGCCAACAAGAGCAAGGAGAUAAAGUGUAUCAUAAAGUGGGGUCACUCAAGGGAGAUCUUGCCACAUGUUUGACCUCUACUGAGGUGGAGAAGAAAUCCUUUGAAUCUCAAAAAAGAAGUCUUGCUGCAGAAAAUCAGCACUUAAGAGAAUCUCUAGAGAAGGAAGAAAAAGCUUUGGCCUCACUUCAAGAAGAAUUAAGGAAGCUAAGACAACAAAUUAGAAACUUAGAAGAUAAAGGUACUAGCACUGAGUCUAUUGUAAUGGAAAAUCAGAAACUAAGGGAACAUUUGGAAGAGGAAAAGCAAAGAAACCACAACUUUCUUCGGCAAAAGGAAACACUCUUUGCAGAGGCACAGAUGUUAAGGAGAGAACUGGACAAAGAACGUCAUGUUACAGAAGCUCUAAAAAAAGAACUGGAACAGUUAAGUUCUCGUCAAACACCUGACAAUGCUGCUGAUGAUGAUACAUUAAGAGAAAAUCAAGAAAUAGAAACUCUGCGAGGAAGACUAGUAGAACUAGAAAAAAAGCUAAACUUUGAGCAACAACGCUCUGACUUAUGGGAGAAGCUGUAUGUUGAAGCGAAAGACCAAACUGAAAAGCAAGAAAUGAAUGAAAAGGGACAAAAGAAAGGUGCUAAAGGGCAAAGUAAGACUAAAAAGAAAUCAAAGGAAUCAUUUUUUGGUUCAGUUAAAGAAACUUUUGAUGCUAUGAAAAAUUCCACGAAAGAGUUUGUAAGACACCAUAAAGAAAAGAUUAAGCAGGCUAAAGAAGCAGUGAAAGAAAACCUGAAAAAAUUCUCUGAUUCUGUAAAGUCUACAUUCAGACACUUCAAAGAUACCACAAAAAACAUCUUUGAUGAAAAGAAGUUGUCAAAUGAUAAAAGACAUGAGGCAAACAAGAAAGCUCGAACUUUUUACCGAGAACAUAACUCUUAUGAGAAUCUGAAGCACAUGCAUUACAGGGGACCUAACAUGGCGAAAGAAUUCAAAGAUGGAAGAAAACAUCAGUUUACAACAUUUGAAAAAGACACAGAUUCACAGAAAUGUCUCAGUGAUCCUUUGUGUAAUAGAAAACAUCAGUUUGUCCUAAAGGGCUGCUCUGGUAUUUUCGAGUGUGCUCAUCAAGAAUUCAUUAGUCUCUUUAACAGAGUAUCAGAUCCUAUUAGGGUGGAUGAAUUUAAUCGGCUAAUGAAAAAGUAUUUGCAACAAGUUGUACAUAACUUUCAUCACUGGAGAGAACUAGAAAAUUUCAUCAAUAAGUUUUUUCAUAAUGGGAUAUUUAUACAUGACCAGAUGCUGUUCACUGAUUUUGUUAAUGAUGUCAAGGAUUACCUGGAAGAUAUGAAGGAAUACCAAAAUAAUAAUGAAAAGGUUUUUGAGGAUCUGGACAAAUACAUCUACAGAUACUACUUUCAUUAUGAUAAUUCACCCCAAUAUGGACCCAGUCGACCUAAAAGGCCUUCUUUUACACAAACGGAAAAUUCCAGACAUGAAAAACAAGCUCAGAAGUACCACCACCGUAAUAAAAGAGAAGGUAAAUGGCAUAAACAUGGUCGCACUAAUGGAAGACACAUGGCAAAUCUUGAAAUAGAAUUGGGGCAAUUACCCUUUGAUCCAAAAUAUUGAGUAAUUUAUGGUAAAAACAAGUUUAGAAUUCACAUCUUCUCCGGAAACUAAUUGUUUUUCAACAAAGCAGCAAGAUGCAAGUUUUUUUCUCCAAGUAAUUUGAUUUUUACACAUUUUUGUUAAAAGGCAGAAGUCAAGCUUUCUAAUUUGCAUAUUGUGUACCGCUGCUUUAGCUUUCCUUUGGAAGUGAUGAUAGUUUGGGUGCCAGCAGUAUUGUUGCAGAAACUAGGCAUGCAAUGACUUGUGUAUGAAAAAUAUGCUUAAUUGCAUUACAUUAGUGUAGUUCAAGCUUGAGUCAUGCAUAAUGUACCAAUAAUUAACUCCAAUGUUUGAUAUACUAACUUCAUCUCAUCCUUCAAAAAAUAGGUCUACAUUAUGGUAAUGUAUUUGUUAGUGUUUUGUAAUCUUAUACUUGGUUCUUGUCUUUGGGGGGGUUCAAGAGCCUGUUGAAUUGUGAAGAAUUUGCUGUGCUGCAUUCUAAUCAGCUUGCUGAUUUAAGCACUUGAAAUGUCUUGCAUAUCUGCAUAUUGUAGAAGAAAAAUAAAGAGACAUUGUGGGUAAAAGUCUUUAUUUAUAAAACAAACCUAGCAUAGCUGUACAGUUCUAUAAAAAUCGUCCAGUCUUGUCUAAUUUCUUAUUGUUUAAGUAGCCAUAUGGUAACUUUGGUCCUCCUGAUGUUUUCUAGUGUUGUAAGGUAGGUCAACACCCCCACCCUGCCAUACUGCUACUGAAGUUGCCUUCAGGAAGAGGUUUAUGUGUUUCCAGACAGCCAGUGGCUGCCUAAUCGGACUUCCCCAUUUGACUUACCCGGUUUCAGACUCCCUACUCUCUCCUUUCUGCAGUACAAGAUCAUCUAAGCAUAGUACUGCUAUGCAAAACUGAUCUCAUUAGGUCUUAAGUCUAGAAACUGAUCUUCAAGUACGAUUCAUCUCAGUUUUUUUCCUGUAGACGUAGAUGUGGCUUCCAACUCGUCCUUGAGGUACAUGAGUGUGAAAGACAGUGGCUGUUUUCUCAUAGCCCCUUAAAGCUAGAAAGGAUGAUAUUUCCUGUAAAUGAACAUACAUUAGUUUCCAUAGUCAGCAAGUGCAGUUGGGAGCAUCAGAACAGUGUUCCAAAGUUUUCUAAAAACCAUCAAUUCAACUAUGCCCUGGAAGGUUUAUCCUUUAUUUUAGGAAAGACUGCUAGAAAAACAGGUACCUAUCCUGUUUGAUCCUGUCUGGAGUGGAUAUUCACCAGACACAGUUGUUUGAGUACACGGACUUCAUAAAAGAAUUGAGGGGAAAAGGUAAUCUCACUGCAGGCAUUUUUGCUUGUCAUUGUUUCUUACUUAAAAGUGUAUGGUUCUGGGAACAGACCGCACAUUUGUUUUAAUAUGGCUUGAGGAGAAUUGCAUAAAACAUUAUUUUAUGGCAUGUAGAAUUCACACAGAGGAGAGGGCCUACAUGAAUGUUAAGUAUAUAUCACUGGAAUGGUAUCUAUACUAUAUUAUGGACUAGAGGGUUCAACUUUAAGCUGUGUUUUAAAAAGUUGUGGACAACAAUUUUCAAAAAUCUUACGUAUAACUCUCCCCUAAUUUAUUUUGUAACUUGACAUCAGAACUAGUUUGUUUCAUCUUGCAGUUACCAUACCUGUUCUAGCACACUGAAGAAGAUCAAGUGACUGGGUAAUAAUGUAUCAUUGUAAAACUCCUUAUUAAGCCAGCCAAGUGGAUUAGAGUAAAAUACGUCUGCUUCAUCAAUAUAGCUCUCAUUUCCGGUUAGGUCUGGGGGACACUGAAGGAAUCUCAUUUUUAGAGGACAGUGAACAUGACUAGGGAGAAAAACAAAAGAAACACUUCAGGAUAAACUGACCAAUAUCUAAGCUUUGAAGUGACUCAUCACUUAAAGAUACCUCAGUCAGAACCAAAAUUGAAUAAUUAGGAUUUUUCCCCCAGAGUCAUAUUUUCUUCCCUUCUGUACUUCAUAUGAAAGCAAAAGUAGAACAAGUGGAUUCAGCUCCAAACUGCUGUGACUAUGUCGUUAGCAGUUCACAGAAAGCAAAUUUAUCUUAAUAAAAAUACCAUCUGCGUAACGUCAGUUUCUUAAAAAGGUACUUUUCCAUAUCAGCUUCACUGUUUAUAUCUGCUUUAACAUUUUGUUUACUUGCCAGGAUCUAUUGCAAACUUUUUGGAAUAGUGACCUCAGUCAUUGUAUGUUGUAGUUACAUUUCUUUACUCUCUAGCAGCAGAAGUAAAGGUAAUAUUAAUACAGUUUGACUGUAACAAUUAGCCUUUAGUUUUGCUACAAAAAUUACCAUAAUGAAGCAGUAUGACUUUCAGAAAUCGUAAGGCUUACUGCAUAUCCUCAUACAAAGCUAUUUUACAAAAACUGAAUAAAGCUUAGAUGCUGAAUUUUAUUCUGUGGUAUAAGCAUUUGGCUUAUUUCCCCUAUUCAUUCUGUAUUAACUGUAUGAAAAAUCAAAACUCUUCCUGUAUACGUUUAUCCAUCUCAAUUUAAUAAGCUUAAGAAAAAAAUGUUAACUUCUGCUUAAAUGUAUGGAUUUUAAUAUAGUACACUGUUAACUAUUUUAAUACCUGUAAAAUGGCGUAGAGUGGCACGGCAUCAUGAUGAAGACAAAAGCUUGUGACUGGUAAGAGUUAUUACAGAGUUGCUGUAUGUGACUCAUAACAUCAAGAGAGCCUCGCUGGUGAAUCAAGCCUGUAUACAGGGCUGGGAGUAAGUUUGAUAAAAGCAGGAAACUUGCUGCAGAUUUCUUCCAUGCUUUCAGGUGUUUCAAAGAAUAUCCUAUAGAAACAUCUGAGUAAGUUUUAGAGAUAAGCAAAUACUAACAGUUCCACAUAGUAUUUUUGAAAGUACCAUAACUUACUGGAAAACCAUUACUCGGUUGAUAACAAUGCCUUGCUUUUGAGGUUUUUUAAUACAGUGUUCUUUCAGUCUUUACUCUUUGAAUGGCAAGUCAAAGGUUAGAGUUUGCCCUUACUAACUCAUGGAUUUAACAGUGUAAAUUUUAAGCCCAUACCUGUCUUUUGCAGUACAGAAGUAUGAUUUCAAAGCUGGUGCUUUGUCUCUUUAGAGCUUAAUUUUAAUUUCUUGUGGGGAAAAAUAGUCCAUUCAGUAGUUUGGAUGAAUGGUAUGUGGCAACUUAUUGAUGUGUUCUGAUUCACGCAUGUCUAAGUAGACCCAGAAUAAAUGGUAACUACAUGUG